AUGGACGAUACACCGGUCAAAGACGGGAAGCGGCUCAAGGAUGAGCACGAUCAGCGCCGGAAUGACUCCAGCGACUCGUCACCACCGCCGCGCCGGGAGAAAAACGGGUUAGGUGUAAACCCGGAACCGGAGGGAGUCUCGGAAAAUGGGGCCAUACUGGCAAUUGAGGAAGCAGAACCGGGACAACUUGAACCUGACUCCGAAGGGGGUUCGGUUCCCUUGGCGGCAGCGGCCGCGCCGAUUCUCACCGACGAGGAAAGCGCCCGGCUUUUCCUGGAGUGCUUGGAGGAGAUCAAGAACCGCUUAACCCCCCAGACUUUUGCGAAUUGGCUGUUCGUUCUUGGGAACUGCCUCCGGUGGGCACACGACAAAGCCUUUGACGACUACCCCAAACUCCACAGUCUGGUCUUUGGGUUAGUGCGCCGGAUUGUAACCUCCGAGGCAUUCAACCUCUUUGUGGGGCGGGGGUUCGAAGCCAACCGGUUCUACCUCCUCGGGUUAGUCGAGUGGGUUAAAGGGCAGGCCGAUAACCAGAAGGGCGGCAUCGACAAAUAUAUCCACGUCUACGCCAACACUAUAGCCAAGGUGUCUAAGGCAAAAAUCCCGAAGGACAAGCACGAUCAGUGGCUGGUGAAGGCAACCACUUCGCUGGUGGGCAAUGGAGCGCAGACCAGCCGGGUCUACACCGAAGUUGACUUCGACAAUCGCAGUAGUCAAAAUGUCGUCUCCAGGAGGGACGAAGUUCGUAGCUCGGGGGGAGGCGAGCAUGGGGUCAAGCGUGGAACGGAGGAGCGCGCGGGUGCCAAACCCGAGUCCCUACCGCCAGCUCAACAGCCCCUGCCCAAAACCGGGACCGCCUUGGAUGCUGCCGAAGUUAACCUCGGGGUUAAAGAACCUGGGCAGAGCAGCCCGGCAAGAGAGCGAUUAGGUAAAGAGGAGAAAAAGCGGAAGAAAGGGGACAAGCUCGGCGCUGCCCAAGCUGCAGGGGGUUCUGGUCCGGUUGUCACUCCGGAACAGCGCAAAGAGCAGUUGAAAACGGAAAUAGAAGUGGCUCAGCGGGCGGAACAGGUUUGCGUCAAGGAGGGGCGUUUUAAAGCCGCGCUUGAGUUUAAGAACGAGGUCGAGGAGAAACAGGAGAAGUUGGAAGCUUUGUUGGAAAAGGAUCGGCGGGCUGCCGAAGAAGAAGAACGCCGCAAAGCUGACAUGAGGGAGCGGGCGAAGGAAGCCAAACGGGCAGAGGUGCAAGCGGUUUUUGAACCUCCGUUGCCCAAGGAUACGCCAGAGGAACGGGAGGCCUAUAUCCUGGGGGCUGUCAAGAAGGACAAGAACGGAGAAAUGGAAGUUCUCAGGAGGGACUCGGGGGAAAGACCUCAGGAUAAACGCCCAAAGAGCCCGUCCCUUUCAAGCAACCAGCCGCAAAACCUCCUCAGCCCACUUCGAACAAGUUCUUUACCGGCGCAGGACUCGGAGCUGAAACCUGCAACGGUAGCGGAAACAGCCCCGACUGCAAGGGACCCGAGUCAAGCUCCACCCGCUGCCCAAACGGGGCCCGGGAUGGCCGGGGCACCCACUGGACCGGCUGCUCAAGAAAACGUGCAACUUUCGACCGCCGAGCAAGCCCGGGUAAUUCUCUCAAGGAACAUCCCUGAGCGGCGCGUUGUGUACGUGGACUCUCGUCACAACGUUAUCAGUUUCUUCUCAGCCAACUUGUUCUACACGGGGCACACAGCCUUCCCGCUGGACGUCUAUAUGUCCGGACUGGUUGACGAAGGCGGUCCCCAGGAUGGUGACGUGUUCGUCUUCCUCGGGAAUCCGCCUCGCAACUUUUUUGCGACCUGGCGCGAAACAACUGACGACUCGCCGUCGCCCGAAACCGGUCCGUGGCGCCCGCUUGGCGUGUCUGGCGGACCCAUCGGCCGACAGUGA